AUGGAGUUCAGGAAAGAGAAGCUAGUAAGGUUUAAUGAUAGUCAAAACCUGGACAAGACAUUGCCUGUACUUAAAACAUCAGCUCCAUUGUUCAAAACUGAAGGUGGUGGUAUUAUUAGUGACAGAAACACAAGUAAAAAGGCUCCUAAAUUUGGAAGGUUUAAGGUAUUUCCAGAGAAUAAUCAUCAGCCAUAUUGGAGAGAGAGAAUUCUUGAUCCAGGAAGCGAUGUGAUCUUGAAAUGGAACAGGAUUUUCCUCUUCUCGUGCCUAACAGCACUCUUUGUUGAUCCGUUGUUUUUUUACCUUCCAUCAGUAACCAGCAAGGAAAAGUCAUCUUGUAUGGACACUGAUUUGAAUUUAGGAAUUACUGUGACAUGUUUUAGAACAUUUGCUGAUGUAUUUUACAUACUUCAUAUCGUAAUAAAGUUUAGGACAGCUUUUGUCUCACCUAGUUCGAGAGUUUUUGGGAGAGGUGAACUUGUUAUGGAUUCUAAGUUGAUUGCAAGGAGAUAUUUAACGUCAGAUUUCUUCAUAGAUCUUAUUGCAGCAUUACCUCUUCCUCAGAUUGUGAUUUGGUUUAUAGUACCAGCAAUUAGAAGCUCUCAUGCUGAUCAUACCAACAAUGCCCUGGUGCUGAUUGUUCUGCUCCAAUAUAUUCCAAGAUUAUAUCUGAUUUUUCCAUUAAGUUCGGAGAUCAUCAAAGCCACUGGAGUAGUCACGAAGACUGCCUGGGCCGGGGCUGCAUAUAAUCUCCUGCUGUACAUGUUGGCUAGUCAUGUCUUGGGGGCAUCUUGGUAUUUGUUGUCGAUCGAGCGCCACGCAACAUGCUGGAAAUCUGCUUGCAAACGUGAGUUGAGCCCUAUACCGUGCAAUCCCCGUUACUUGGACUGCGAAACUUUGGAAUUUCCUGAACGCAAGGCAUGGGAAAACACUACUGUUUUGUUUGCAAAAUGUAAUCCGGACGACACUACCUUCUUCGAUCAUGGCAUAUUUGCAAGUGCAUUGAAGCAGAAAGUACUUUCCUCUGAGUUCCUUGCAAAGUACUUCUAUUGUCUGUGGUGGGGCUUGCAGAACUUGAGUUCCUAUGGCCAGACUUUGUCUACAAGCACAUUUAUUGGAGAAACUGCAUUUGCCAUACUCAUUGCCAUCUUGGGUCUGGUUUUAUUUUCCCAUUUGAUUGGAAAUAUGCAGACCUACUUGCAAUCUAUCACUGUGAGGCUUGAGGAGUGGAGGCUCAAGCGACGAGACACAGAGGAGUGGAUGAGACAUCGUCAACUCCCCCAUGGUCUGCAAGAACGUGUCAGACGAUUUGUUCAAUACAAGUGGCUUGCAACUAGAGGGGUUGAUGAAGAAUCAAUUUUGCGUGCAUUACCUACAGAUCUUCGUCGAGACAUCCAGCGCCACCUAUGCUUGGAUCUUGUUAGACGAGUUCCUUUCUUCUCACAGAUGGAUGAUCAGUUGCUUGAUGCCAUAUGUGAGCGCUUAGUGUCCUGCUUGAGCACUCAAGGAACUUAUAUAGUUCGAGAAGGUGAUCCGGUCACAGAGAUGCUUUUUAUUAUCAGGGGAAAGCUAGAGAGCUCAACUACGAAUGGAGGGCGAACAGGUUUCUUCAAUUCAAUCACUUUGAGACCUGGUGACUUCUGUGGUGAGGAGCUGCUUGCUUGGGCAUUGCUUCCAAAAUGUACUCCCAACUUGCCUUCUUCCACAAGGACAGUGAGAGCACUAGAAGAAGUGGAAGCAUUUGCAUUGCGAGCAGAAGGCCUCAGGUUCGUUGCGAAUCAGUUCAGACGUCUCCAUAGCAAGAAACUACAGCAUACCUUCCGCUUCUACUCCUACCAUUGGAGAACAUGGGCUGCCUGCUUUAUUCAAGCUGCUUGGCGUCGACAAAAGAAGAGGAUGAUUGCAAAGAGCCUGAGCAUGUCAGAAUCCUUGGCACGUUCUGUUGAUGGGCAAACAGUUGAUGAUGAAACAGCACAAGAGGAGGAUGAACCUGGUUUUGCAUCUUCAACUUCUCAAGCAAAACAGCACCUUGGUGUCACAAUACUGGCUUCAAGAUUUGCUGCAAGCACGAGGAAAGGGGCUCAGAAAGUGAAGGGUGUCGAAAUGCUCAAGUUCCGAAAACCUGAAGAGCCAGACUUCUCUACAGAACCAGAUGAUGAGUAG